CCUGGAUCGACGGGAUUUCCAAUGUCAAAUUCAUGUCAUCAUAAGAUCCGUAUCAUGACGGUCACUGUUUUCAACCUCGCCAUCUGAUCAUUAUGCCUCGAUUUCCAAUGGGAACAGGUGUGGAAGCAGAGGCGGACGGUCCGUCCAAACAGGCCGAAUCAGAGAAUACGUCCCUCCCGGUCGUCACCAAAGUGAAGAACCGUCGCAAGCGCUAUCUCGACUUGCAUCCGGAGUAUUUCUCUGCUGAUCUUGAGCUAGCUGACCCGCUCCUCUACGAUCGCCUGAUCCGUCGAUUCCAGACCCCCGCUGAACGGGAGGCGGAAGGGCGGGCCAAGGGAUUCUCUGGUAUUCUACAGGCCGAUCUGUGUCGGUCAGAGGCCAAAUUCGAUGCGCUGUCCCAUCCGGAUCCCCACGCCAUGAUGAGCUACACUCGGGGACCCCAUGGGGAGAUCCUUGCCGAAGACCGGGACGAAAUACCCGGUAGUAAGGAAGAGGGCGAGAAGGCAUGGCGCUGGGAGAUGACUAUGCGGUUUUUGAGGGGGGAAGAUGAUGAUUUCGAUUACACGGUGGUUGAUGAGAAUGACGAAUAUGACGACUGGAGCGAUGUGCAGGACCGAUACUUUGACGACGAAGAGCCGGAGUGGGCAGUCGAAGGUGGUGAGGCAGACGUCAGGUCUCGAUUACAAGGAGAGACCGGUAUACAGGACUUUUGAACUGGUGGCAGGUCCGCCAGAACUCGCUACGCAGGGUCAUCUUGAUGUCGUGGCACUCAACUCGUUUACGCAUGUUAUUUUGAGAGUCGUCUCCAGAGGUGUCUUUCGCGAGGCUCGAACAUGAGACUGAAAUCGUCAUUCAAGCAGGUGGGCAUAAUACCACUGGAAAUGCCAAGUCAUAUCGCCGACAUAGCUCGGGGAAUUGUCGGGCGAUUCGACAAGUCUAAUCAACCGCCGACCUAUCAUUUGGACAGGUUCAGAGCCACCGGAAAAGUAUAGAUACGGCUAUCUUGAGGUAAUUUCACUGCCAUCUAGCACGCUGGAGGCUAUUUAGUGGGCAUGCAUUGAGGGCCCAGUAUGUCUACGGAGACAUGGGGGCACACCCAAAUAUGAACUGGACUAAAUUCACUUCUAUGUCUUAUUGCAUUGUACGAAAGAGGGGGGCUUGAUUCAGUUAGCUCGAAAUUUGAAGAACAAGGCAGCUUUAGAAGCAUUACUGUGGAAUAUCCAUGAAUUAUUUCCCAAUGGACAGCCUCUCCAGCAAAA